CAGAAUGGUUAUCGUGUAGCAGUCCUCCCGGAUGCAUCUCCCUGCCCCCACCCUGCCGGCUCUGCCCCAUGAUUCCCUUAUUGCCUGGCCAGAGCGUCCUUCGAUGGCUCUUUAAACCGCUGUUCUGCCUAGCGGCCACUAGGGGCGCUGCUGAUGCCAAAGUGAAACUCGUAUCUUCUAAGGAGGCAUCAGAGACUAACAGGAUCUUGUUACGGCUGCAGAUCAGGAGCCGGGGAUCUGUCUGAUCACAUGAGAGAGACACCGGGAUCCAUGACAGAUUCAUCCUGAGAUCAUAUCGUUGAGAUGAGGUAAAAGCCACUCUACACCACGGCUACGCUUCAUUAAAAUGACACGAACCGACCCGCCUGACCUACUCGUUUCUACGGUUUACCCAGACGUCAAGGUGAGACUGAACGUUGAUUCCCGAAGCCCCUGCUCUUUUGCACAAUGUGACAGAUUCAUGUCCAGCCACAGGGAAGUUCACCAGCCACCGUUCAACAAGCGGCACUGCCGCAGCUUUGACUUCCUCGAAUCUUUAGACGACCAGUUGCCUAACCCACCAGUCAUGGAAACUUACCAACGAGGAGCUCACAGGCGUGCCGGAACGCCAGAACCAUCUAACCAGCCUGUGGGUAGGAGAUCCACAGCCAGGGCCGACACACAAUAUACUUCCCAAGGGAUGGACACUGCCAGAGAUCCGGCCAAAGAACCAAGAAGGAGGCCGAGGUCGAAGAGCGCUCCUCGGGUUAAAACCACCUUCACAUCAGUUCCAAUACAGAUGUCUUCUUCUCAGUCCCCUCCGCCGACUGCCAGAAGGGGCAGAGAAGUUGCCAGAGCUUCAAGAGAACCUCAGAAAUCGGUGUCCUCUCCCAAAAGGGAGGUGACUUAUGCACCUACAAAAGUACUAAUGAGUGAGGUGCACCCCAUAAAAUUACAACCACAGCGCAACAGUGCCAGUCGCAUCUCACCCCUGUGUGUCAGCAACAACUGCAUGGAGGAGCCUCACGUUGGGAAACCAAACUCUAGCCCUCACGUGCGGUGCCGGGUGGACAUAAAGCCUGAUGAUGCAGUCCUUCAGCAUGCUGCUCACACUUCUGCCCCCUGCCAGGCUUGGGGGGAGGCACAGCACUGUACAAGGCAACCGGGCACCCCCAGGAGCCUAGCUGUGCCAAAUGCAAGACUGAUGUCUGUGUCGCGUACCCCCACACCAAGUGAUUCCUACAGUGUUGACCCUAGAAUGACCCACUUUGCUUGCACUCCAGGGGGAGAGAUGUAUAUACCGGAUGUGCGAGGUAUUCCUUACCAAAGUGUUGCUUCACCAAGAGAUUUCACACAAUACACCAACCGGGACUGUGGACAGUAUGUCAGCCCCACGAUCCCUACCGCAUUCUUCUAUACUGACGAAGACUCCAACUUCAGCCAAACCAUUCCUGUCAAAAACAGGGGAUAUUAUCCCCGUCCAUAUCCUGACCCUGGGGUUUCUGCGCACUCAUAUUAUGCAGAUGAGAACCCUACUUUGCCUCCAAGGACUUUUUACUUUGAGGACCCUAGACCGUAUCCUAUUCAGGAAGCCCCAAUAAGGACGUUUUAUGGCGAGGAUCCCCGGUUUUACCCUCCUCGUAGUGCCCCCACCAAAAGCCUUUAUGGGGAAGACCCGAGAUCUUAUCCAGUUCAAAGUACUUCAUCAAAACUCUACUUUACGGAGGAUAUAGCAAAGUAUUCUGAAAGGGAAGCACUGUCCAGGACAUACCCAUAUCCAAGGAGCACACAGCCCCUGCAAUUCAGUGAGUGGUAUUUUCCGGACCAGAGCCCAAUAUCUUACCAACCCAUUCAGAUGCCUCAGUUUCCCACGCACACGGCUGGAAGGGAGGCAAUGCUUUCCUCUUGGCACGCUUCUUACAGCAUGAACCAGCAAAGACUUGGGACUGAUUCCAGAAACUACUCCCGUUCAUGGGACAAUAUUUUAAACACCGGUGGGCGGAAAGAGGACCCAUUGUCGCGAGGCCGUAGCUAUGAGAAUUUGUUGUGCCGUGAGCGACGUGCCUUAUCUCCAGACGAUAGACGCCAGCCUGUGGUUGUUAAUCUGUCUUGUUCUCCAAAGCGUUAUGCCGCCCUCUCCCUCUCAGAGAAUUCCAUCAUGGAGAAGAUGCAUACAGAUGGGGGCGGCGGAAGGUACACAACAGGCCGCUCGUGGUUCGUUACCCCGGAGAUUACCAUCACCGAUAAUGACUUAAGAGCCAAUGGAGUGGGAAGAAGUGAUCGACGAUCAGCCAGCUGGGAUGUGAUAGAUUCUGGAGUUUCACCACCAGCUUACCCAGCACAUGUCCCCUACCCUACCAAAGAUAAAAUGCCAAGCAGGUCCUCUCGGCACCGCAGCCUAGAACAGCUUGAUGAACUAAUUGCUGAUCUGGUGAUAGAUUAUAAACCACCAUCCAGUCGCCGCCCCAGUGAGGCAGAUGCCCUGGCUGAUCAGUUGAGGAAGUUAAUUAAGGAGGACAUGAUAGGAAUUCCACGGAAAUCAGAGAACUAUGAGCAGAUAACUCAUCUCUUGCAGAACCGACCCCUCAAGGAACAGCCAACUCCCACCUUCCCUGACUCCCAAAGGGGUCAGAGGAGAGAGACUUUUCCAGAGGUGCCAGUGAUCAGUCCCCAUAAGCCCUUAGAGGACUGUUCUCCAGAUCUCAGUGCUGAUGAAGAUGACCUACUGACCUGUUCCAAUGCCAAGUGUAGACGCACAGAGACAAUGUUCAAUGCCUGCCUCUACUUCAAGUCCUGCCAUAGCUGUUACACCUACUACUGUUCCCGCAAUUGCAGACGUGAGGACUGGGACAUACACAAGGAGAGCUGUAUCUACGGCCGCAUGGGCAGUGUCUGUCGCCACGUGCUAAAAUUUUGCAGAGAGAACACUGAGGUACAUAAAGCCUUCUCCCGAAUCGCCAAGGUGGGCUAUCUCUCUCGUGGGAGAGGGGUGCUCUUCCUGGGUUUUCCCAACCCGGGUUCAGCAGAUAAUUUUUUGCAGCUAGGUCUGGAAGGCCUGCUCAUGUCUCCCACCUACCUGUCUCUGAGGGAACUCGAAAGUUACUCAGACAACCUUGGAGAACACGCCAAGGAACUGCAAAUAGCUGGCAACCAGUUCGACCCUGAAGAAUGUUUUCUGUUGAAUGUAACUGUGGCGGUGGGACAAAGCGGCCCUGACCGACUCUCCACUAGGGCCCACCACGUUCCCACCGUCCGCAAGUAUGCCAAAAUAGCCUUAGCCUCUUCCAGCCCGGAGAGGAAGAUCACAAAAAAGGAAAAGGACAUGGAGACCCUAAUACUGACCCCACCACCAGGCACAGCUGACCUAGAUAAGGAGGGAGAGGAGGGGAGGAAGGCAAGGGAGGUUUGCUUUAUACAUAUCCAGAGGGAACUUAGGAUCAGGGGGGUCUUCCUUCGCCAUGAGUACCCCAAGAUCUACCAGCAGCUGUGCGAGUUCGUAGAGAACAAUAAGAGGUUCACACCUACCACUAUCUACCCCAUAGAUCGGAGGACUGGCAAGCAGUUUAUGUGCAUGAUUAUGGCAGCUUCAGAGCCCAGAACUCUUGAUUGGGUCGCCAGUCCCAACCUCUUGGAUGACAUCAUGUGACACAAACGCAACCCAGGCGAAUCCCAACCCUUAUGACUCUUUGUUUUGUAGUUUAUGUAUUCUUUUGUAUCUGCCGUCAUACUAUGAUAGAGAUUUUUGGACGGGAGGUGGAUCAGAGCAAUGUCUGUGCUGCAGUAAUUGGUUAAUUAGUGCAUGUGGAGGGGAGAUUUGACCCAAGAGUUUACAGAAGGCAUGCAAUAUGAUAAACAUAUCAAUCAGUGGCACUGAGAACAAGCGACAUCUCUUGUGUACCAAAGGCCGCGAUUCUGAGAACUGGUGGCUUUUUAUAUAGGAUUACUAAAUAGUUUAUUUUAUAGUAAGAUGAUAGCGUAGAUUGCUAUUUAAUAUAUUAUAUAUUGGCUGUUUCCACCCUGAUGCCUGGUGCUGAUUAGAUAAUCGUGAAUUACUUUUUAUGAAUUAUCAAGCGGAAUUGCGGGUUUGGGUAAAUGAAAGUUCUAGAUAUGAUCAUUUUAGAGGAGAUUAACGUUUAUUUGUCCUGGAGACACUGAACUGUGCUAAUAUAAUGCCUUAGUUAUAGAUUCCUCCGGCAGUGAUGUCUCAAAGGGGGAUAUUUACUAAAGUGUGAGUUUUUUAGAAGUUGAGAGUUGCCCAUAGCAACAGAUUCUAGCUAUUAUCUUCUAGAAGGUGCUAGAUGAAUGAAAAGUAGAAUCUGAUUGGUUGAUAUGGCCAACAUCCCCACUUCUAAAAAAAUUCACACUGUAGUAAAUUCACCCUAUAGAGUCUCAUUAGCAGCCAAGAGUUGGUUAACUACAGUCCACAGAUGAGCCACGUGGUGAUCAGACACACUACAGUUGUACGGUUGGUUCAGCUUAAACCUGUAUUGAAUGAAUUACUGAGGGGGAGACUUAUCAAACCUUUUAAAGAGUAAAAGUAGAUGUGUUGGCCAUAGCAACCAAUCAGAUUCUAGCUAUUAUUUAUCUAGUAUUCCAUAAAAUUACAGCUAGAAUCUGAUUCGUUGCUAUGAGUAACCGCUCCACUUUUCCUUUUUAGACGUGUUGAUAAAUCUCCCCCCGUCUCACAGUUUGCUCUACAUUAUCAUUUGUUUUGGCAGGAUUCUCUUUUAGACAAUAUUAGUUUAUCUACAAACAACGUAAACUGCACCUGUAACCUGUACACAGUGGAGGCAGCCAUUUUGUGGGCCGAACCAAAAUUUCUGAUAAUGCAACCUGACAUACUAACAAAGGGGGGGGGAGCAGGUCCUGGUUACCAGGGCCCAGACUGGUUGGAGGGGCCCGGGUCAGCUGUGCCUAUAGUAUUAGUUUUGAAAGGGAUAUGGCUUAACCUCCAGUAUUUGCCCCCCCCCCCCCCCUUCUUUCCUGAUACCCUGGCCCUGUUGAGCUCUAAAUGGCCUUGGAAUUUGUGCCUCACAAAUAUAAGUCAGGCCUCAGGAACAUUGCUCAUGAAGUGCAGCGGGGUCUCUGGGCCAGUGACGCAGGGUGUUCAGCUGCUAGGGGCUUGAUCCCAUGUAUGCUCAGGAGAGGUUCCCACUUUUCCUUCUGAGAGAAGUGCUGGGAUGUGGGAGCCUUUAGCUGCAUGAACAAGCCGUCCCAGAAAUGUUACCCAUCCAUGCAGUGUUCAGCCUCUGAUUCUGGGUCCUAGUGAAUUCACAAGGUGCCUGAUUCUGAUUUAGAGCAAGUAACCAUGCAUCUGGGAAAAACCAUGUGCACUGCAGGUGGGGCAGAUGUAACGUGCAGAGAAAGUUAGAUUUGGGUGGGGUAUGUCCUAACUGAAAUCUAAAUUGCAGUGCAAAAAUAAAGCUGUCUAACAUGUGUGGGCUACAUGCAAAAGCAGCCAGUAUUUACCCUGCACAGAACUAAAUAUAAACAUACCUGCCGACAUUCUGGCUGGGGGCAGCCAGGUCGGCACAACAGGGGGGGUGUCAUUGGCAUUGCAGCCCCGCCCCUAGCUAUACAAUGGCCAGAUUACCAGCAUUGUAAAAUGGGGGGCGGGGCUAUGAUGACACAAUUCAGUGCCAAUUACAUCAUCACCACACCCACUUUUGCUAAGCAAGUUGGCGAGGGGGGGGGGGGGGGGGCGG